AUGCUGGUAAAGAAGAAGGACGGCAGCAUGCGGUUUUGUGUUGACUACCGCCGCCUGAACGACGUUACGAAGAAGGACAGCUAUCCCUUGCCUAGAAUUGAUGACACGCUGGACAUGCUCACAGGCGUAAAGUGGUUUAGUACGCUGGAUCUGAAAAGUGGCUACUGGCAGGUUGAAAUUAAGGAUAAGGACCCUAAGGAUAAGGAGAAAACUGCAUUCUCCACAGGAAAGGGUCUGUGGUAA